CCAACUCCCCAACUCGGCGACUCCAAUGGCGCCGCCGCCGCCGCCGCCGCCGCAGACGCCGACGCCGGUGAUAGCGCGGGAGGCGUGGGAGGGCUGCAGCGUGCUCCUCGACAUCAACGACGGCGACCGCCUCGCCUUCUUCCGCCUCACCCCCGCCGCGACGGUGAAGAUAGGGGACAAGAGCUGCUCGCUGCAGCCGCUGCUCGGCCGCCCCUUCGGCUCCCUCUUCCGCGUCGGGCCCUCCGGCCUCGUCCCCUGCGCCGCCACCGACGCGCCGUCUCAAGAUGAUAAGCAGCGAGACGGCGGCGCCGACGGCCAGGCGCAGGACGAGACCAGGGACAAUAGGUCCCUGGUUGACAAUAACACGGCGCAGACGCUGUCGAGCGAGGACAUCGAGGCGAUGAAGCGGGAGGGCGCGAGCGGCGACGCGAUUGUGGAGGCUUUGAUAGCGAAUAGCUCCACAUUUGGAAAUAAGACCGUGUUCUCACAGGAGAAAUACAAACUGAAGAAACAAAAGAAAUAUGCACCUAAAGUGCUUUUGCGACGCCCCUCUGCCAGAAGCAUUUGUGAGACAUAUUUCAAGAAGUACCCAGCUCGAAUAGGGUUUAUGCGAGUUGAUGCGCUCUCCCUCUUGUUGUCUAUGGCAAAUGUUGGUGCAUAUUCAGAUGUGCUUGCCGUUGAUAUGGUGGGGGGUUUAAUUGUUGGAGCUGUAGCUGAACGCUUAGGAGGCACGGGAUAUGUUUGCAGCACAUAUCUUGGAUCAGCGCCCAGCUCCAUAGAUAUAAUAAGAAUGUAUAAUUUGAGCAGCGACAUGGCCAGCAGGAUUUUCCAGGCACCACUUGGUGACCUCUUCUCCUUGCAAAGUUCUGGUGACCUUUGCUCCUUGCAAAGUUCUGGCGAUGCUCCUUCAGUCCUCAGUGGUAGCAUUCAAGGCGAUGUGGUCGAAACUGCUGCUGUACCAGAUGAGGCUCUUCAGUUGUCCCCGGCAAAACCAGUUGAUACAGCAGUAUCAGAUGGGAAUGCGCAGUCAACAACAGCGCAGCCAAUUGAUAUAGAGGUCCCUGAGCCUGCAACGGAUGAGCACCUUAAUCAAGGUGACAUUUCUAUGUUGGAUUGCAAAGGAAGUAAUGGCAAUUCAAUAGCUCCCAAAGCGCCGAGAGCAGGAAAAGCACCCUCACCAGAGAGGAUGAAGUAUUGGGGAAAACAUGGGUUUAGCAGUUUGAUUGUUGCUGCUCCGGGCCAUGAGGUAGAAAGUGUGGUUGCCGAUUUGCUUCCACUCCUGUCUUACUCGGCCCCAUUUGCUAUCUAUCACCAAUAUCUUCAGCCUCUUGCGACAUGCAUGCAUAGUUUGCAAGUGUCGAAAAUGGCAAUUGGGUUACAGAUUACUGAACCCUGGCUCCGAGAGUAUCAGGUCCUUCCAUCGCGCACCCACCCACACAUGCAGAUGAAUGCAUUUGGUGGUUAUAUCUUGAGCGGCAUCCGGAUACACAAGCCUGACCCAUCGGAAGCCCGAAUGCCAGAGAAGUCAUCUUGCGUGACUGGCGUGACGGAGAGCAUGCUUGUCUUGUGAUUUAUAGUUGGUUCAUGCAGCUGUAGCUUUUCUUUGCGCUGAUAUGGUUUGGUCGCGGCUUUUUCUACAUGUUGCAGUGUGAUACGGCUUGGUCGCGGCUUAGGUCAGAGAAGGACAAUAUCUAUACCUGAAAACAAGUAUGCCAUCCCUCCCUCCACUGUGGGAAGGAGGUGUAACAUAUGCCUUCAUUAAUUUCUCCAUGUUGUAACUGUGGUCGAUUCUCACCCCAGUUUGAUCCAUUCACUUUUCUACAAGCAAUGGAACAUUUUAUUACAAAGAGGGGUACACAGCAGGAUUAUAUGCGGCGAUCGGAGGAGCAUAGGGGAGGAGGAAAGCUGCCGGAUCUCGCCGGCCUCCCGCGAGGCAGGCAGCCUUGCUGUAUACACAUGUGCUUGAUUUCUCCUCUCCAAGUCAAGAUGGAAAAUGCUCCCCAAAAUAGAAAACAAAUAGAGUGUUUCUUUUCUUGUAUUGAAUUGAACAUAUGAAAGCCAAAGGCAGUCACCGAUUUUUCUUUUUGAUAAUUACAAUGCACUAACAUGGAUUUGAACAUUUACCAUUGGAAAA